GUGUUCAUGAGAAUUACACGAAGUGAAAUCCACAAUAAAAGCUACUUACGAAAUAACGUUUUCAAUACUAGCAUUGGACACGAAUCAGUAACUUUGUUAUCUUAAGGACUUUCAAACCUGUAAGUAAUAUUUUUUUUCGAUGAAAGAAAUUUGGCGACUAAGGAAAAAAAUGAAUAACGGUAAUAUUAAUAACAAAUGAAAGCGACGAGUCUCUGUUCUCAUUAGUGGCGCUACUGCCUCACAGCUCUGGGACCUCUGUUUGGUUCCCAGUUGGGAAACCUUCAGUGUGUAUAGUUUAUUACCCCCCCCCCCCCCACGCCUUUUUUUUAGAGUUGACCCCCCAAAUCUAGCGACAUGAUGAAAGGUUAAUUUAUCAGUUAGCUCUAUACUGGGUGAGCACAAGGUGUAUACAUGCAUGAACCAUGCAAGCGACGGACUGGCGUCCCGUCCAGGGUUGAAUUCAAAUUGACACUCCUCGACCUCGUACCAUAAUAACUAAAAUAACAGAUGGACUAUAUAUGAUUCUUGUUUUAUGACAUUGUUAACAAUUGCAGUAAAUGUCGAACAUAAACAUUAUUGAGCUGAAAGAAUCAGUGAUCGCAAGAAAACGUAAAAUUAUUUAUACGACACUAACAAAGCGAUCGAAUCGUCCUUUAAAAGUGAGUUAUAAACACGAUUUACGACUCUCCAGUCUUCUUUAGUAAUAUUGCAAAUGACAGAAUCAUAAGGAAUAUUUUUAGAUGAAAGAUUCUUGCGAAGACCAAAAAAAAAAAAAAAAGAACCAGAGCCUAACAUUUGCACAUCACUUAUCAAUUAAGUCUUUCCUUUUGUCAUGUAGUUCAGUUACAAGGGAAAAAACAAGACAAUUAAAAAGAUUGACAGGUAGGUUUUACUGUCAGGGGUGACGUUGGCGGCGAAGGGGAGGAGGAAGCGAGGAGCAGGAAAAGCGGCUCGAUGUGUCUGUCUAUCAGUUGAGGCUGUCUGAAGCCCUCCUGGAUUGUGAGUGUUAGAUUUUUCCCGAAGAGACAGGACUGUGGGAUCACUCCUUGGGAGUUUUAGCGGAACAGUUAGUUCAUGGUCAUCCUUGGCGGAGAGUAGAUGCCGGAUUUCUGCUUUUUUGGCUUUUUCCCCCCCAUUCUCUUUCUUUGGAGCGACGUCUGGCAAGCAGCAGCAGCACCAGCAGCAGCGGGGUGUGCGUUUCUGUCUUGGGGGGUCUACGCUUUCGAAAAGAAAACGGGAGGACGAUUGGAAAAAUGAGCUAUAAUAUGGAGAUUUUACAGCGGGAGCAAAAGAAGAUCAAGCCAAGUAACAAUUGUAGCUGGUGAUCGUUCCGACAGAAGAAGGGGGAGUGACUGAAACUAACCUCUCAUCUGCAGAUUUUUUUUUCCUUUUACACCCCCCCCCCCACCCCUCCUUCGUAGUGCAGUGAAGUGCCGAGAAGAUGUACGGUGAGUGAUCGGAGCCGCUAACAUGAGACUGCCCAGCGGACGCCACUUGUGUUUGUGACAGCGCUCUCUCUCCCUGCGUGUUCGAGUAGAGACGUGAAGGAAAUUUAGAGAGAGAGAAAGAAAGAAAGAAAGACAAGGAAACGAGAGCAUAUUACACAGACAAUUUUGGAGGAUUGACAUACCCCCACAACACCCCCCCUUCUGUGUGUGAACUUCUUACAGCGGUUACUGGAAGAGCCGCCUCCGCACCAGCGCUGGUUCUACUGGAGGAAAAAAAUAAAUAAAAACAAAUACAAAACAAAACAUUUCGAAAAGAGAGAAAAAAGGAACCCCAAAAAGUUGUAUUUUUCUCUGUGGACGCACUUUGAUUUUUGAUUUCUGCAUGAAAAGUCCUGCGGAAAGUCUCGAGCAGCAGCAGCAGCACUAUGCCGAGGAGAAAGCAGCAAGCACCGAGGCGGUCUGCAGCAUAUGUGCCUGAGGAGGAGCUGAAGGCAGCCGAAAUUGAUGAAGAAAACCUCCAGGAUGACGGACUGUCUCUAGAUAUUCAGGACAGUGAGUUUGUGUGCAACGAGGAGGAGGACAGUAAAGAUAUCCCCAGCUACCAGAACUCCCCUCUGAGCACAGCCACCAAUCAGGAUGCAGGCUAUGGAUCACCCCUCAGUGAUACUAGUGACAGGCUGACCGACUUCAGGAGCACUUCCUCGAAAGAUGGCCAUGAGAAAGAGGAAGGCGCCACCAUAGACAAUGGGGCUUUGCUACAUGACAGUUUAUCUAAGAUGAAAGCCAUCUAUGCAAACUUGAUCUCUGAUUCCUCUUGGGCGAGCAUUACCAAGGAUAUAAUGAAAUCCAAGCCACCGAGUGCCAGCACCAGUAGCAAUGGAAACAGCCACAGUGGGAGUCACACGUCCAGCAAUGGGGGAGGCCUAGCCUACGACUGGCACCAGGCUGCCCUGGCUAAAACCUUACAACAGGCCCCUUACAAUAUCUUGCCGGAGCCCAGCCUGUUCAGUACAGUGCAGCUUUACCGACAGCACAACAGACUGUAUGGUUCGGUCUUCACGGGCGCCAGUAAAUUUCGAUGCAAAGACUGCAGUGCUGCCUAUGAUACUCUAGUGGGCCUGACAGUGCAUAUGAAUGAGACUGGUCACUACCGGGACGACAAUGAAGACAAGGAGACGGACAGUAGCAAGAAAUGGUCAAAGCCCAGGAAGCGCUCCUUAAUGGAGAUGGAAGGGAAGGAGGAUGCGCAGAAAGUUCUGAAGUGCAUGUACUGUGGGCACUCCUUUGAGUCACUGCAAGACCUGAGCGUCCACAUGAUCAAAACUAAACAUUACCAGAAAGUGCCUCUUAAGGAACCAGUGCCAGCUCUCACCUCCAAACUGGUCCCCUCUACCAAAAAGCGAGCACUUCAGGACUCGGUCUCCCCGUGUUCCCCCGAGUCCACCGGCAGCACAGCAGGUGUGUCCGUGGGGGACCUGUCAAAAGAGCAAAAAGCCGCCAACCCUUACGUGACCCCAAACAACCGGUAUGGCUAUCAGAAUGGUGCCAGUUACACCUGGCAGUUUGAGGCUCGUAAAGCCCAGAUACUAAAGUGCAUGGAAUGCGGUAGCUCCCACGAUACCUUGCAACAACUUACGGCUCACAUGAUGGUAACCGGACAUUUUCUAAAGGUUACCAACUCUGCUUCUAAAAAGGGGAAGCAACUUGUCUUUGACCCGGUGGUGGAAGAAAAAAUCCAGUCCAUCCCUUUGCCUCCAACUACAACGCGGCUACCAUUACCCAACAUCAAGUCGCAGCCAGAGUCGCCAGCUCAUUCGUCCGGCUCAGAGGAGAAAAAGGAUUUCGAGGAUGAACAGAUGGAGCUCAAGGAGCCUGAGAAAAAAAUCAAAGAGGAAAAAGAAGAGCCCGGGGAAAAAUUUGAGCCAACUACCCCUUACAAGUACCUCCGUGAGGAAGAUUUAGACGACAGUCCAAAAGGUGGCAUGGACAUUCUGAAGUCUCUUGAAAACACCGUUUCCAGUGCAAUUAGCAAAGCCCAAAACGGUGCCCCAACCUGGGGGGGAUAUCCCAGCAUACACGCAGCCUAUCAGCUCCAAGGUUCCGUCAAACCUGUUCAGCCGACUGUUCAGAGCAUUCACGUGCAACCUUCUUUCAGCAGCAGCAUGAAAACGUUGUCGACUGAACUCGCGGCGGUGAUUCAUUCUCCUGGUAGCCAGUCUCCUCCGCUCCACAAGAGCAACGUCUCCGCCAUGGAGGAACUUGUGGAGAAGGUCACGGGUAAAAUUUCAGCAAAUAAGGUGGAGAAAGCGAUCGAGAAAUGCAAACCCAUCCUGAGCAAACCGGUGUCUCCCACCUCUAAGGAAAAUAAGGACAUGCUUAAACCGGAUGAUCUAAGCAGCAGGCAACUGAAGAAGAGUAGUGUUUCGGAAGCUGAGCCUUCCAAGGUGCAUAAAGAGGGUUCGUUAGAUAAUCACGUGAAAAAUGGCACAGAGUCCCUCAAGUCACCCAUCAGUAAUGGUUGCAACAGUUUGGGAAUCAUUACAGACCAUUCACCAGAGCAGCCUUUUGUUAACCCCUUAAGCGCAUUGCAAUCGAUUAUGAACACCCAUCUAGGCAAAGCUUCAAAGCCCGUCAGUCCCAGUUUGGACCCCUUGGCAAUGUUGUACAAAAUUAGCAACAGCAUGUUAGAGAAACCCAUGUACCCUCCAACUCAGGUUAAGCAAACGGAAUCCAUCAACAGGUACUAUUACGAAAGCAAUGACCAGCCCAUUGACUUGACCAAGGCCAAGAAUAACGGCAGCAAUUCGAACGGCAGCAGCAGUCGACCCAUCAUCUCCAGUGUGUCUGAAUCAAUUUCUUCCCCACUGAGGGAAAAUGCACUGAUGGACAUAUCGGAUAUGGUGAAGAACCUGACCGGGCGCUUGACCCCCAAGUCAUCCACACCAUCGUCGAUCUCCGAAAAGUCCGAUGCCGACGGGAGCACCUUUGAGGACGCUUUGGAAGAGCUUUCUCCCGUUCAGAAGCGGAAGGGGAGACAGUCCAACUGGAACCCGCAGCAUCUUCUGAUUCUUCAGGCCCAGUUUGUCUCGAGUCUGAAGGAGACGCCGGAAGGCAAAUACGUAAUGACUGACUUGGGCCCUCAGGAGCGUGUCCACAUUUGCAAGUUUACGGGUCUCUCCAUGACCACUAUUAGCCAUUGGCUAGCCAACGUUAAGUACCAGUUGAGGAGGACAGGUGGAACCAAGUUCCUAAAGAAUAUUGAUUCAGGUCAACCCGUCUUCCUCUGCAAUGAUUGUGCCUCUCAGUUCAGGACUCCUUCCACGUACAUAAACCACUUGGAGUCUCACCUAGGCUUCAGUCUCAAGGACCUCUCCAAACUGUCCCUAGAGCAUAUCCGGGAGCAGCAGACUGUCGCCAAGGUCAUCACGGACAAGACUUUUGGGUCUCUGGGGUUCGUCGAGGAGGACUCAGGCUCCCUAUUCCAGUGUAAACUGUGCAACAGGACUUUUGCUAGCAAACAUGCAGUGAAACUGCACCUUAGUAAAACACAUGGCAAGUCACCAGAGGACCAUCUGGUAUAUGUGAAUGAACUAGAAAAACUAGAGAAGUCGUAAAAGUCCAGGUGAGCAGCUGUGUCCUCGACCAUAGAAUCAUUGCACUAAUUUUAAUCACAGUACUGCACUAGGCCUGAACUGAGCCUUUGAAAUCAGUCUUACUUGUGUUGUAAAACUGCCUAACUGGACCAUAUUUUUUCUUACACUUAAUUUUCUAAUGUAUUUAUAUGCUAUUUGUCUGACCUGUGCAUGUCAAUUUUUUUUUUGUGAAUCAAGGAUUAUUCCUUGUGUUUUUUGUUUUUUUUCUUGAUUUUUUUAUUUUAUUUUUUUUGAUUUGACAUUUUUGUUCAUGCCUAAUACUACUGUUUCUCUCGAACCUACAGUGGUGACCGCAAACCAGACCGUGGAAAUGUACGAUUGAUUGCGCUAGGAAUUGAUCCAUUUUCAAUUUGGCCCAACGAAAAUGACAUAUUACGAGAAAAAAAAAAAUAUCGUUUUUUUUUUUUUUUUUUCCCUUUGAUAUUAAAUCGAUUCAAUCAUUACUUUUUUUUUUUUUGUAAUUUUCAAAUUCUUCAGAGGACACCAAAAAAAGAAAUAAGAGAAAGAACACACUAAGGCUUCAUCCCAAUUUCUGAAAGCUUGAAGGGAUUACGGGUCGCCUUUGUAGGUUGACGGUCAGGAAUUGAAAAAACAUAUCCCCUCUCGGAAACAAAGCGCCGGGGCUGGCGAAUGUGAAAAUAGUAUGCAAGUUUUUCAAUUGCUCAAGAUGCCAUUUUGUUUUUUCUUUCACUGUAAAAUAUCACUGUUUCUAGUGAUUUACAAAUAUAAGCUUUGGUACAAGUUAAUCUUUCUAUAGUGUGCCGCUUUAAUGAUUUCAACCCAUUAGGCAAACUGUUACUUAACGUGUAAAUGAUUGGCAACAAUGUGUAAAAGUACAUUUGACAUCUCUUUCCAUUUGGAACAGUUCGACUUUAUUUGUACUUUAAGGCUGUAUGCAUUAUUUAACUUUUAUAUUGUCAUUUUAUAUAUUAAAAAAAAAAAAUGGGCAAAAUUCUCUGUAUAUACUGUAGAGUCACAUGUUUUGGAAUAAAAUUUAGUUCCUGCAGCUUGGUUUACAAAGAUAAUUUUAACUCUACGUGCGUCAGUUUGGAUGCAUGUAAUUAUGUGAAAGAACGUCAAAGCAAACAAUGCACAAUGAAUUAUACAUUGAUGUUUUAUCAUAAUUAAUGUUAAAAAACAAAAAAAAAAAAAAAAAGAUUUAGCUCGGAAAGCUACUCCCAAUUGUUUUUUUUUUCCCUCAAUUGUAAAAUAAACCCUAAUACAGUUCUUGGUUAA